CCAUUGACCUCGAUUAUUCUAUGAAAAUGUAAAUAAAAUAUGAUUACAAAUAUUUGCUUGCUUUCCAUUUUUUUAGUUCAAUAGCGGAAAAAUCACUACUGGUUAUGGAGAACCUUUUUUUUGGCUGUGAUAUCAAAAACAAAUUUGACUUAAAGGGUUCCGAACGCAACCGCUUAGUAGAUCCAACCGAUCAGCAGGGUGAAAUAGUGCUGUUGGACGAAAACUUAGUGCAAAUGUCUUGGUCUAAGCCAUUAUAUAUUUUAUCACAUAGCAAGGCAGUCCUUAAAGAUGCUAUCAAUCGAGACUCUACUUUCUUGGAAAAAAACCAAGUAAUGGAUUAUUCGUUACUUGUAGGCUUGGACCAUAAAAGUAACGUGCUGGUAUUGGGCAUAAUUGACUAUAUACGAACUUUUACUUUUGAUAAAAAGGUUGAGUCCUUUGUUAAACAAACUGGUAUACUUGGUGGCAUUGGAAAACUACCAACUGUUAUAUCGCCAGAACGUUAUAAGCAGCGCUUUAUCGAUGCCAUGGAUCGCUAUUUUUAUACAGUACCAGAUCGCUGGGAAGGCCUGUCGAAAAUUUGAUAAAUAGUGACAUAAUGAAGCAGCAGCGAAUGAAUUAAAUGGUAUCUAUCAAAGUUAUGUAGCAUUGCUGCGCUAUAAAAAUGCAUGUAUUUCUAAUGAA